AUGGGGUUCAGGUUAAGUUUCAACACUGGAUCACUAAUAUUGAUAUUGGUAUCAUUUGUGUUUCUAUUAUUGGCAACUAUAAGUUCACCGGUAGUUACUACAUUCAACCUUGGUAAAACAGCUAGUCAUACUUAUGGAGUAUUUGGUUAUUGUACAGAUAAUAAUAAUGAUUGUUCCUCAGCCGCAUAUCCACUAACCCUCAGUUCUGUUGAUGACAGUUCAUCUAAUUGGACGAUGAGUGGGUCCACUAGAGACACAUUGGCUAAGAUUUUUAUAUUAACUCCAAUUGCACUUGGUUUUAACUUUAUUUUAUUGGUUUUGGUGUUGGGUUCACAUUUUGGAAACAGAGCUGUUGUUUUAAUUGCACUUGGUGUCAAUAUCAUUUCAGCUAUAUUGUCGAUUAUCAGUUGUAUUGUGACCAUAUUGGCAUUUUAUCCAAAUUUAGCAUGGACUGGAUGGAUAUUGAUUGGGUCUGCUGCUGCUAAUCUUAUUUCAAUCAUUUUACUCAUCCUCACUUUAACAACUUUGAGAAACGAUGAUGAUGAUGAUGAUGAUGAUGGUGAAGGUGACGAUAAUGACAAACAUGGAUUUGGAACUUACAACAACUACAACAAGAUUGAUGAUAAGUUCAAUCAUAUUCAAACAUCAACAUUCAAGAGUCCAAAUAGUACUAGUUCGAUUGAUAAUGACUAUGAUUAUAAACCAUCAUAUAAUAGCAACACUUCAUUUGGGACACCAGCAAAUCAGGGCGCCAAUGGACCAAAUACUCGUUAUAAUGGUCAUGCAGCCAUUGCCGCAGCAUCUGCUGCCUCCUUGGCAAAUUCAAAUACCGUACCAACAGGAGCACCAGCACAAAGAACAGGCACUGGGACCGGGUCAUUUACAAGUAAUUCAUCCUCAACUUAUCAAAUGAAGCCGCAAACAGCUAAUGAUUUUACUGAAAUGGGCAAUCGUAACAACACAAGUGGCUCAUUAGUUGGUGCUGGAGGAGGAUAUAAACCUACGACAGGCGCACCUUAUCCUACUACUCCAGGAGCAGCCAACACUAACAAUAGCAAUGCUGCUUUCUCAAGAAGUGUAUUUGAACAUCAUCCACAAGUUGAUGGUCACAGACCAUUUACUGAAAUGGAUGACGAUUUUGAUGAUGAAGAGGACUUGAAUGCCGGUAGAACCAAUGUUAUUGUAACUACCAAUGACUCUGACGAAGAUUCUGAUUUCACCAGUGUCUCUCAAAGACCACCAAACCCUCAAUACAAUAAUCAAUAUGGCCCUGCUCCUCAACAUACACAACAGCAUUACCAAAGUACCCCAUAUGCUAAUCUGCAACAGUAUCAACCACUAAGUCAGCAAUUGAAUCUGCAAGCUGCCCCUACACAAGGCCACUUACAUCCGCUGUAUCAACCUAUCCCUAAUCAGUAUGCACCACCACCUCAACAGCACCAACAACAGCCGUACAGGCCAAUGAAUUAUGGUCCACCAUACCCCCAACCUCAGCCACAACAACCAGGUUACUCUAGGCCGACCAUUUCUGACAAUGUUUUGAGCAACAAUCCUGAUUUCAAUUUUGCUAGAGGCGUACAACAAAAUAAGAGAAAAGUUGCUCCAGGAUUUGUACCUGUCGCCGCUAGAUAUGGAAACAACAACAGAGGGGGGGCUCCUAAUAAUGCCAGUGCAUUAAUGGGAAGAAAUGGUCCUGGUACCACUGACACUCAAGCUAGAGGUGGACCAUAUGGGUUAACUAGGUAA